CUCAUCACUUCACAAUGGCAGAGCCACGCCCUUCAACCGACGAAGAGCACGCGCCUCUUCUCGCCGGCGGCGAUGACGACCAGGACCAGCAGCAGCAGGGGGGCAAGAUCUUCGGCAUCUACGACCCCUCCCGCCCGCUCACGCGUCUCGAGAAGGUCCUCGGCGCCGUCGCGCUUCUCUUCCUGAUCCUCUCGGCGACCUUUAUCGGUCUGUUCGCCGGCACUGAGCGCACUCUCAAGAAGGAGCGCUCCAAGCAUGGCGACCCCGUGACCUACACGUCCACUGUGACAGCGACGCGCACCAUCCCGCCCGGCGGCGAGCCCACGGGCAAGCCCUCAGCCCCCGUCUGCACGUCGUCCGACUGCGUCGUUGCCGCCGCAUCCAUUGUCCAGUCCCUCAACACGUCCGCUGACCCCUGCGACGACUUCUACGAGUUCGCCGUCGGCGGCUGGCUCGACGCCAACACCAUCCCUGCUGACCGUGGCAUCUACGGCUCGUUCCACGUCGUUGCGGACAACAACAAGAAGAUCCUGACCAAGAUUCUCGACUCGAUCGAUGAGGACAGCUCGGACAAGUCGGCCGACGCAUCCAACCGCCGCAAGCUCAAGACUGUGUACAAGAGCUGCCUGGAUGUUGACACGCUCAACAAGGCCGGCAUCGAGCCCUUCUCGCCGCUUGCCAAGUUUGUUGUCGACAAGUUUGCCGACUUUAACAUCAACCCCCUGCCCAAGGAGGAGGACUCGCUCGUCGACGCGGCUUGGUGGCGCGGGGCUUACGACGAGUCGUACACCAUCCCCGAGCGGCUCGUCGCUGCAGCUGAGAAGAACGCACUCCUUCGCGACGCCCAGCGUCGUGGUGAGAUCCGCCCCUCGGCUCCUGCCCCGGCUGCGUCGUCCGAGUCCCUCGACUUCAAGCCUGAGCCGGUUGACAAGGAGCGCCGCGACAAGCUUACCACGGUCCUCUCCUUCCUCCACGCCCGCGAGGUCGACACCCUGUUCAACUUUGUCAUCGAGGGCGACUCGGCCGGCAACGACUCUCAGAUCCAGGCCCUCCAGUUCUGGCAGUCCUUCGGUGGUCUCCCCGCCAAGGAGUACUAUGACGAGGCGCCCAUCGUCGACCUGUACCACUCUGUCGUCACUGGCGUUCUCACUGAGAUUGCCAAGGACCAGCAGUCUGCCACCAAGCGUAGCCUGAUCUCGGACCUUGCUGGAGAGGUUGCUGAGGAAGGCUGGCCCUGGCCCUGGCCCGGAGACGAUGACAAGGGCGGUGAUGACGAGCCGGACGAGACGUUCGAGGAGCGCAUUGACAGACUCGCGGGCCUCGUUGUCGACUUUGAGACCAAGAUUGUCAAGGCCGGUGCCGACCUCGAGUUCAUCACCAACCCCCACUACGCCAACAACCCGUACGCAGCCAAGGACCUCGAUGCGGCGCUCCCCUUCUUCGACCUCCCGGGCUACCUUUCGACUUUCGCCCUUCGCCUGUACCCCGAGACUAUCAUUGUCACCUACCCCGCGUACCUCAAGUCGGUGUCCAGGCUCGUUGCCAAGACUCCCGACCAUGUCCUGUCUGCUUACUUUAUCACCAAGCUCGCUCUUACCUACGCUGGCGCUCUCGGCCCCGAGGUGCCCCUCCGUGGCCAUGUUCGCCGCCUGACCGAGGCCCUCCAGGGCAUCAAGAAGGGCACCGAGGAGAACCGCGUCGACGUCUGCCUUGGCUGGGUCGACAACCUCGUCGGCUUUAUUGCCGGCCGCGAGUAUGUUCAGGUUGCCUUCUCGCCCGAGGCCAAGAAGGACGGCGAGGACAUUAUCAACAACAUUGUCACUGCCUUCCACGACAAGCUCCCCCACAUCCCCUGGAUGGACAAGGAGUCGGCCACCGCCGCGCAGAAGAAGGCCAAGGCUAUCAUCCCCAAGGUCGGCUACCCUCUCUACCCCGACGCAACCAAGCCGGAGAGCAUUGCGGGAUGGUACUCGCGCCUUGACCCCAAGAACGACAACUUCUUCGCCACUGUUGUCCAGUCUACCCUCAUUGACAACUCGCGCGCGUGGCUCAGCGUCGGCCGCAAGCGUAACCGCGACGGCUGGUUGAUGAACCCCCAGACUGUCAACGCGUACUACUCGCCUCCUGACGGAGAGAUCGUCUUCCCUGCGGGUAUUCUCCAGCCGCCGUUCUACUCGAUCCACUGGCCCGAGUACCUUCGCUACGCUGCCUUUGGUGCUGUUGCAGCUCACGAGCUCACGCACGCCUUUGACAACCAGGGCGCGCAAUACGACGAGAAUGGUCUCCUUCGUGACUGGUGGACCAACUCGACUCUCGAGGCUUUUGACGAGCGCGCCCAGUGCAUUGCCCGUCAGUACAGCAAGUACUGGAUGCUCGAUGCCGAGGGCAACAAGGUCUACGUCAACGGCAACCUGACCAACGGCGAGGACAUUGCCGACUCUGGUCUGCAGCAGGCGCACGCUGCUUGGAAGGCGCUCAAGCUCAACGACGUCGGCCUCCCCGGCCUCGAGUUCACUCCGGACCAGCUCUUCUUCCUUGGCUUUGCCCGUAUCUGGGCCACGCUCGUCCGCCCUGCCACGGCGAUUGCGCGUAUCCGUACCGACCCGCAUUCGCCGGGUAUCUGGCGCGCCACCGGCACGCUCCGCAACCUGCCUGCGUUCCACGAGGCGUUUGGCUGCAAGCCUGGCUCGAGGCACCCGCUCGCGCACCUCCCCGACCCGCUCGCGUCGCUCCGCCGUCGCCGCCUCUCCUCGUCCGCCACCUCGCCCGCCGCCGCUGCCUCUGUGUCUGCGGCGCCCCAUCCCCAGCCCACCAUUCCCGCCGACAUGUUCUCCAACCGCAAGUACACGCCCCUGCCGACGUCGGCCAACCAGCGCAAGCGCGCCGGCGGCGGUCUCACCGCCCCCAAGCGGUAUCUGAUCCUCGGCGUGGCGACCAUCGUGCUCGGCCUGUUUGGCUGGACAUUGUUCUCCAAGCCGGCCGCCAGCACGACCGUCUACGAUGAGAGCAACACGUACGACCCUGCGCUUGACAAGAAGCCAGAGGUCGAGGACGAGAGCAUCUACAAGUCGCCUGAUAUUAUUGGCAGCGACCACCCCCUCAAGGGCGGUGACCACCAGAAGCCGGGAGCCGACAGCGCCGUGUCGCCCCCUCCGCCUGAGGACGAGGACGACGAGGAGCUCGUCGAGUCCAAGCCUGACACCAAGCCCGAGACGUCCACGCCCGAGUCCAAGCCGCACCACGAGUCUACACCCCCUCUUGACGACGAUGACGAGGAGAGCGAGGAGACGCCGUCCAAGACGCCUUCCAAGCCCGCCGGUGACCACCCUACCAGCUUCGAGACGGACAAGGACGCUGCGUCCACGACAUUCUGCACCAAGCCGUUCAGCGCCGACAAGCCCAUUGUCCAGUACGCUCUGACGAUUGACGCCGGUUCGACGGGCUCGCGUAUCCACGUGUACAAGUUCCACAACUGCGAGGCCUCCCCUCAGCUCGAGUACGAGACGUUCAAGAUGCUCAACCCUGGUCUGUCGUCGUUCAAGGACGACUCUGAGGGCGCGGCCAAGUCUCUGGACCCGCUCCUUGACGAGGCUCUCCGUGUCGUUCCCCCCUCGCUUCACAACUGCUCGCCCGUCGAGGUCAAGGCUACUGCCGGGCUCCGUCUUCUUGGGGCCGAGCAGUCCGAGGCCAUCCUCGCUGCUGUCCGCCACCGCCUCGAGACCAAGUACAAGUUCCCUGUCGGCAAGGGCAAAGACGCCAUCGAGAUCAUGGAGGGCAAGGACGAGGGUGUCUACGCCUGGAUCACGGCCAACUACCUCCUCAAGAACAUUGGCGAGGGUGCCACCUCGGACGAGACGCUCGCCGUCAUGGACCUCGGCGGCGCCUCGACCCAGAUUGUAUUUGAGCCCAAGUUCCAGAACGACUCGCAGAUCAUGCACGACGGCGACCACAAGUACGAGCUCAAGUUUGGCGGCAAGAAGUACACGCUCUACCAGCACUCGUACCUCAACUAUGGCCUUAUGCGUGCUCGUCGCUCGGUUCACAACCUUGUCGCUUUCACGUGGUCGUUUGCGCAGACCAAGCUCGACUGGGACUCGCUCUCUGCCGACAUUGAGAUUGCCAACCCCUGCCUGUCGCUCGGCACCAAGCGCCGUAUCGAGCUUGACCCUCCUGGACGCAGCGCUGUCAACGUGACGAUGCACGGCGGCAACGGCGGCUUUGAGGCUUGCAACCGCAUCGUCGAGCUCGUCAUGGCCAAGGACGCCGUCUGUGAGGUCAAGCCCUGCUCGUUCAACGGCGUCUACCAGCCUUCGCUCCUCGACACGUUCCCCCACGGCAAGCUUCUCGCCCUGUCGUACUUUACCGACCGCCUCAAGCCCCUGCUUGGCCCCAAGCACGGCAAGGUGCACGUUGGCGAUGUGCACAAGCUUGCCAAGGUCGUCUGCGCCGGUCCUGACGCUUGGGAGAAGCGCUGGGGCCACGACAAGGACGUCAUGGCCGAGCUGCACGACCGCCCAGAGUACUGCCUCGACUUGACGUUUAUGAACGGCCUCCUCGGCCUGGGCUAUGAGCUGCGCGACGAGCGCGAGCUGCUUGUCGAGAAGAAGCUCAACGAUGUCGAGUUGGGUUGGGCUCUGGGUGCCGGCCUUGCGCUCGUGUCCAAGGCCGAGCUGACGUGCACGGUGUAA